AUUCAAACACACAAAGAAUUAUGUCGGGUCGAAACGCUAAUCACCCUUUGGGGUGUCUCAUAAUUUCAUUGGCUUUGACUAUUAUAUCUUCUUCUGCCAUGAUCGAACCUUCUUCUUCUUCUUCUUCUCCGGGAGUCAAAGGGGUUUAUUGGCCUUCGUGGGCCGAUUCAACUUUCCCGCCCUCCGCCAUAGACACAACUCUCUUCACUCACGUCUACUACGCAUUCCUCCUUCCUAACAAUGCCACAUUCCGUUUCGACGUGGAUGCCACCACGGCCGACCAGCUCCGCCGCUUCACGUCCACCCUCCGGUCUAAAACCCCGCCCGCAAAGACUCUUUUCUCCGUCGGCGGGGGCGGGGCAGACCCGAAAGCGUUCGCGCGGAUGGCGUCGCGCGCUCCGAGUAGGAAGGCCUUCGUUGACUCCAGCAUACGAGUGGCCCGGGCGUUCGGGUUUGACGGGAUUGACUUGGACUGGGAAACGCCACAGAGCCCGGGGGAAAUGAGGGACUUCGGGCUGCUGUUGGCCGAUUGGCGCGCGGCCGUAGAGCGGGAGGCGUCGGCCACUGGCCGCCCCCGGCUCCUACUCACGGCCGCCACCUACUUCUCGGCGGAUUUCUUCCUCGGCCCGGUGUACCGGGCGUACCCGGUAGCCGCAAUUAACCAGAAUCUGGACUGGAUCAACGCGAUGUGCUACGAUUACCACGGAUCGUGGGACACGGCGGCGACGGGAGAACACGCGGCGCUUUUCGACCCAAAAACCAACAUAAGCACCAGUUAUGGGCUCGGGCAGUGGAUCAGGGCCGGCCUGAUGAGAAGCAAGCUGAUAAUGGGCUUGGCUCUGUACGGGAGGACAUGGAAGCUGAAGGAUUCGAGCUCGUUCGGAAUCGGAGCGCCGGCGGUGGACGUGGGCCCGGGAGGCGGAACUCUGAGAUUCGACGAGAUCCAGGCAUUCAAUCAGGAGAAUAACGCGACGGUGGUUCAUGACGCCGCCACGGUGUCGGUGUACUCGGUGGCGGGGACGUCGUGGAUUGGGUACGACGAUCCGGCGUCAAUAUCCGUCAAAGUCAAAUACGCUAGGGCCACUCUCAACCUCGGUGGUUACUUCUUUUGGGCCGCUAAUGGUGACUCCCAGUGGAUGAUUUCUAAACAAGCUAAGCAGUCGUGGGACGGGACUGCGGGAGCAAUUUCUAUUGAGGUUUAGAGGAUGAAAACUAAGUUUAUACCCUUACUUGCAUAUUGGAUGUAUCAUAUAUAGACACAUAGAGACAAUAAUUUUAUAUAUACCCUAUACAUAAUUGUUGUGUCUGUAAUAUAUUGGUGUGGUAUUG